CGAGGGUAUAUAAAGGCCCGUGUGCGGUGAGCAUUCUCCUGGCAGCCACCAUGAAGGCCCUGGUCUCAGUCUGCUGCAUACUCUCUCUGCUGCUCCUCACCACAGCAGAUGAGGAGGAGGAUGUGUUGGCUUCCAUCUUGAGGGAUCGCUCCCACAUCGAUGAAACACUGAGACUAGCCGCCGAAGAGAAGGCCGCAGACUAUGCAGCUGCCCUACAGCAACUCAGGAAGAUCUACCACUCCUCCAUAAAGCCCAUGGAGCAAGCCUACAAGUACAAUGAGCUACGCCAGCACGAAAUCUCAGCCUACCCUGGACGCACGCUAGGGGACUCUGCCACAGAUGGAGAGAUCACCUCCAAGCCCAUGGUGCUGUUCCUGGGGCCCUGGAGCGUAGGCAAGUCCUCCAUGAUCAACUACCUGCUCGGCCUGCAGGACGCCAAUUACCAGCUCUACACAGGUGCUGAACCGACUACCUCAGAAUUCACGGUGAUCAUGCACGGAGAGAAGAUUCGCUCUGUGGAGGGUAUCGUCAUGGCGGCAGACAGCUCGCGCUCUUUCUCGCCCCUGGAGAAAUUUGGACAGAACUUCCUGGAGAAGCUCAUCGGCAUCGAGAUGCCCCACAAGCUCCUCGAGAGGGUCACCUUCGUCGACACCCCUGGAAUCAUUGAGAACCGCAAGCAGCAAGAAAGAGGCUACCCCUUUAACGACGUGUGCCAGUGGUUCAUCGACCGGGCCGACCUGAUCUUCGUGGUGUUCGACCCCACCAAGCUGGACGUGGGCCUGGAGCUGGAGAUGCUGUUCAGGCAGCUGAAGGGCCGCGAGUCCCAGAUCCGCAUCAUCCUCAACAAGGCCGACAGCCUGGCCACGCAGGACCUGAUGCGCGUCUACGGCGCCCUCUUCUGGAGCCUGGCGCCCCUCAUCAACGUCACCGAGCCGCCCAGGGUUUACGUCAGCUCCUUCUGGCCCUACGACUACGCCCCGGACACCAGCCGCGAGCUCUUCAAGAAGGAAGAGACCUCCCUCCUGGAGGAUCUGAACCAGGUGAUCGAGAACCGUCUGGAGAACAAGAUCGCGUUCAUCCGGCAGCACGGCAUCCGCGUGCGCAUCCACGGCCUGCUGGUGGACCGCUAUGUGCAGACCUUCAAGGAGAAGAUGAGCUUCUUCAGCGACCCCGAGCUGGUGUUCAAGGAGAUCGUGGACGACCCGGACAAAUUCUACAUCUUCAAGUCCAUCCUGGCCAAGACCAACGUCAGCAAGUUCGACCUGCCAAACCGCGACGCCUACCGCGACUUCUUCGGCAUCAACCCGGUGAGCAGCUUCAAGCCGCUGACGCAGCAGUGCUCCUACAUGGGCGGCUGCCUGCUGGAUAAGAUCGAGAGGGCCAUCACCGCCGAUCUGCCCGGCCUGCUCAGCAGCAUCACCUCUGGCAAGAGCCCCAUCUUCUCCACCUGCGAGGCCACCGGCUGUGGAGAGAAACCAAAGAACCGAUACCGGAAAAACUGACAGGCAGAGAGCACGGGAGAGAGAGAAAGAGAGAAAGAAAGCGAGAAAGCGAGAGAGAGACAUUGAGUCGAAAUGAAUGAGGAGAUUUGAGGAAAUUGGGAAAAAAAAUCGGAAAAGAAUGAGUUGAUGAGUGAGUAAAACAAAAAAUAUUGUGAGAAAGCAGCCAUUCGGAGGACUGAUGUGAGCGAGCACUUACCAGUCUAGUGGCUUUUUUUGCUUGAAAUGUUACCAGAAAAAAAUGGGGAGAAAGUAAUUUCUGUGCUCUUCUGUCCUUGAUGGUGGUGACCGUGGUUACCGUGUUGGGUUUGAUCACACAGUGAAAGACUGACCUUGAAGUAUUACACCUGAGAGUAGUUGCAGACACACGUCACUCUCCCCUCCUUCCCUCAACAAUACUUUUAUGAACUCUGUGCGUUUUGAAUAAAAUAAUAUUUACACAAGGGAAAACUGAGAGUACCAUGCCAAGAAAAGGUCAAUAUAUAUGAACGUGAAUAAAAAAUAAAAACGGA